AUGCCGCUUUCUCUCUUCCUGGUGGACGGGCCUUUCAGUUUCUUCAACCCAUAUCCUUCAACUUUUCUCGUCAAGGCUGGUCCUAAAAUCAUGGAAGCUUUCUCGCCGUUGUUCGUGAAGUUAAGGACCCUUCUUUUCUCAUGUAUUAUCGGCCUCAGCUUUCUUUGGAUCUUGUUGCUGUCCUUGGAUAUAUUUCUUCAAUGGGAGGUUUCGGGCACCACUGACAGGUCCUUCCUGGUCGUGUUUCUCUUGAUCAAUGUUAUCACGAUAAUAAUGCUUCCAAUCAUGAUGUUACGGGAGUUUCGGCCGUGGCUUGACGCCGCAAGGUUCCUAUUGCUCUCUUUAUGCCACAUAGGAUUUGCGGUGAUGUUCUCCUAUUGGAAUCCAAGAAUUCAAUGCCCCGAUCGUACCCCCGAUCAAGAGGGUGUUUGCAAGUUGCUGAACUUGUAUCUACUCGUUGCGAGCUGGAUCAUCCCGGUUCUUUUGAUAGUCUACAUGUCGGGGCUCGCAUACGUGGUUUCACGCCGUCGUGCACGCGCUAAGCUGGAGGAAGACAUUGAAACACCCUCGGUCACAACCGAAGUUGACCGAACAUCUACACAACUCACGCUGAAGUACCCUCUCCCCGCCGUGCAUAGGGACUCCGUGCAAAGAUCGUCCAUUUCAAGUGACGUGGAGUCUGGAAGUGCCGAAAAAUCGAGGUUUAGCACAAGCACACGGAGAUCAACCAGGCUGUCUAAACGGCUCCCCGAUUUCUAUUUUUCUUAG